GCAGGCACCAGAGCCAAAAUGAAGACUUCGGGCCCCGGCUGCACCCGUGGCAUCGCACUGGUGCUGCUCUCGCUGCUGGCUGCCCUCUGCACAACCACCGCCCAAAAGAAUGACAUCGACAUCUACAGCCUCACCGUGGACUCUAAGGUCUCGUCCAGAUUUGCCCACACAGUCAUCACCAGCAGGGUGGUCAACAGGGCCGAUACCGCGCAGGAGGCUACAUUCCAGGUGGAGCUGCCCAAGAGAGCCUUCAUCACCAACUUCUCCAUGAUCAUCGAAGGUGUGACCUACCCAGGCAAUAUCAAGGAGAAGGCUGCAGCCCAGGAGCGGUACAGCCAGGCUGUGGCCAGAGGAGAGAGUGCUGGCCUCGUCAAGGCCACCGGAAGAAAGACGGAGCAGUUCCAGGUGUCGGUCAGUGUGGCUCCCUCUGCCAAGGUCACCUUUGAGCUGGUGUAUGAGGAGCUGCUCAAGCGGCAUCUGGGAGUGUAUGAGCUGCUGCUGAAAGUCCAGCCUCAGCAGCUGGUCAAGCACCUGCAGAUGGACAUUCAUAUCUUCGAGCCUCAAGGUAUCAGCUUUCUGGAGACAGAGAGCACCUUCAUGACCAACGAACUGGUAGACGCCCUCACCGUCUCACAGAACAAGACCAAGGCUCACAUCCAAUUCAAGCCCACGCUCUCCCAGCAAAAGUCAUCAGGGCAGCAGGACACAGUCCUGAAUGGCAACUUCAUCGUCCGCUACGAUGUGAACAGGACCGUCUCCGGCGGCUCCAUUCAGAUCGAGGGUGGCUACUUUGUGCACUACUUUGCCCCCGAGGGCCUACCCACGAUACCCAAGAAUGUGAUCUUCGUCAUUGACAAAAGCGGCUCCAUGAGGGGCAGGAAGAUCCAGCAGACCCGGGAAGCCUUAAUCAAGAUCCUGGAUGACCUCAGCCCCAACGACCAGUUCAAUCUUGUCAGCUUCAGCGGGGGUGCAGCCCAGUGGAAGCCCUCGCUGGUGCCGGCCUCAGCUGAGAACGUGAACCAGGCCAGGAGCUACGCGACCGGAAUCCAGGCCCAAGGAGGGACCAACAUCAAUGACGCGAUGCUGAUGGCCGUGCAGCUGUUGGACAGUGCCAACCAGCAGGAGCUGCUGCCGGAGGGGAGUGUCUCCCUCAUCAUCCUGCUCACCGAUGGCGACCCCACCAUGGGGGAGACCAACCCUGCAAGGAUCCAGAAGAAUGUGAAGGAAGCUGUAGGUGGCCAGCACAGCAUCUUCUCCCUGGGCUUUGGCUUUGACGUCAGCUAUGCCUUCCUGGAGAAGCUGGCUCUAGACAAUGGCGGCCUGGCUCGGCGCAUCUAUGAGGACUCGGACUCUGCCCUGCAGCUCCAGGACUUCUACCAAGAAGUGGCCAACCCAUUGCUGACAGCAGUGACCUUUGAGUACCCUAGCAACGCCGUGGAGGACGUCUCGCAGGACAACUUCCGACUGCUCUUCAAAGGCUCUGAGAUUGUCGUGGCCGGGAAGAUCAGGGACCAGAGCCCUGAUGUGCUCUCAGCCAAAGUCAAGGGGAAGAUGCACAUGCAGAACAUCACCUUCCAAACGGAGUCCAGUGUGGUGGAGCAGGAGAAGGAGUUCCAGAGCCCCAAGUACAUCUUCCACAGCUUCAUGGAGAGACUCUGGGCAUACCUGACCAUCCAGCAACUGCUGGAGAAAAUGGUUUCAGCGUCCAAUGCUGAGAAGCAGGCCCUCGAGACCCAAGCUCUGAACUUGUCACUCCACUACUGCUUUGUCACUCCUCUCACAUCUAUGGUGGUCACCAAACCUGAAGGCAAAGAACAGUCUGAAGUUGCUGAGAAGCCUAUGGAAACCGAAAACAAACACAAGAACUUCCACUCAGAUUAUCCACUCUCUAGAUUUCCUACUACAGGAUACAGAAGGUCCAGAAUAACAGCUGGAACUACCAGGAAAAGACCUAGUGACCUAGGGAGAGCCGGACCACCAGGACCUCCUGACGUGCCUCAUUAUUAUCCACUCUACCAGAUUGCUGGAGAAUCACUGCUACCGGACACGUUGUUAGCCCCCUCCAUUCCUGAUGGAGCAUUCCGGAGUGUGGAUUUAAGAGCCAGAGAUACCUUCCUGGCCAGACUCCCUGCAGUAGCUUCUGGCCCUGUGACAGGGAGACUCUGGGAGAGGAAAGCCUCGGGUCGCUCUACAGACUUACCACAGCCACCCAAGACAACCUCAUUCCCAGGAACCAUAGCUGCUGUCCCAGCCCCCAUCCAGGCACCGCCUGUCAUCCUGACGCUGCCCGGACAGAGUGUGGACCGUCUCUGUGUGGACAUCAAGCACUCUCAGGGGCCGAUGAACCUGCUCUCAGACCCUGAGCAAGGGAUUGAGGUGACUGCCCAGUACAAGACAGAAAAGGCCCAGUUCUCGUGGAUCAAGGUGACCUUCAAGAACCCCGAGCUGCAGGUUUGUGCCUUCUCUGAGCACGUGGUGGUGACCCGGAAUCGAAGAAACUCUGCCUACAAGUGGAAGGAGACGCUGUUCUCAGUGAUACCUGGCCUCAAGAUGACCAUGGACAAGGCGGGGCUCCUGCUUCUCAGCAGCCCAGACAGAGUGACCAUCGGCCUGCUACCCUGGGAUGGCCCUGGGGAGGGGCUCCGGCUUCUUCUGCGGGAUACAGACCGCUUCUCCAGCCGUGUUGGCGGGGUCCUCGGCCAGUUUUACCAGGACGUGGUCUGGGGGCCGCCAGCAGCGGCCAGGGACAGCCAGAGAACACUGACAGUUGGCGACCUUGAGUACACCGCCACCAGAUUGCUCAAACUGGAUUACCAAGAGGGGUCCCCAGGAACAGAGAUUUCCUGCUGGUCUGUGGAGCUGUAGUUAUGGAGGGGUCAAGCGUACCCCCCCAAUCCCCGCAGAGGUGUACAGAGGACAGCCACCCUGUGACCGGAGGGUGGCCUGUGGGGCCUGGGCUACGAUGGGGAGGAUAUUUUUGACUCAUUACAAAUAAACACCGGGCCAUAA